CAAUGCCUAUAAAUUGAUGUUUAUUUUUCUUUAAACAUCACAGCAUUUUUGAAGUAGUUUGUGUAGACUUAAAGAAGAGUUAAGGGAAAAAAAUAAGAUGAACACUAUUGGAGUUAUGAUUAUGAUCAUGUCUAUGUUAGGGUUCGCACAAGCUAAUAAUUACAAUCCUCCAUUUGUGCAAGUUGAGUCAAUCAGUGAGACUAAUAGACUUACUUGUCCACAAGCAUGCAGAGUACAAUGUGCAGCUUUAGCACCAGUUGAACCAUGGUAUGACAAAUGUGUUAAAGAAUGCACUGCAAAUUGUAAGCAUGAUGUGUCCGUUGCUAAGGAUUGCUUUACUAGUUGUGCCUUAAUCAAGUCCAUUAACAUCAACAAUGAUGUUCGUGAUCUUUCGACCAAUAUUGUGAUGAAUUCCUGCUUGCAAGAAUGUCAAAACAAGAAAUAAGUUGUUACAAGAAUCUUCAAGAAAAAGGUUGUUAAUUGUAAUAAAAUAAAUUUUAAUCAAUAAGUAAUAUCUAUUUCUCUAA